GUGCAUUACUGCACAUCUUGUUAUUUGCUGUGUGACAGAUGGACCAAUCAUAAGUGGGUUUGUAGUUGGUGCAUGCGCAGUACACGUGGACGUUUUGUUCCCUAACGAGCAGCCGAGAGGACCAAAGAGCACUGGUCAGGACACCUUUCUCCGAACAACGGACAGCGCUUUUGCUUUCACUUCCUCAGUGUGGACAAACUCCGCAGAGGAAAAGACCUGUCACCAUGGCUACUGCUGCUGCUGCUCCUGCCCAUGUUGCCCCAUCUACUAAGAGCAGCCUGAGAGAGGAUCUGACAUGUGCCAUAUGCUGUGACUUGUUCCGGGAGCCUGUCAUGUUGGCCUGUAUGCACCAUUUCUGCAAAUCAUGCAUCUCCAGGUACUGGAGGGGAACGCAGGGGCCCGUGACCUGCCCACAGUGCAGAAAGGAGUUCACCUGCAGGCAGUUUCAAACCAACUACUUAGUGGCGGCCAUGGUGGAGAAGGUCAGGGCCACCACCUCAGAUACUUACAUCCAGAACCUAGAGAAACAACUUAGAGAGACUUUGGAGAGCCAUCGCCUGAGGAGGGAAGACUACAUUAACAGUAUUCGCAGAGACAAAGACAAGAUGGAUACCAUAAAGAGACUUGGAGCAGAUCUGCAGGCUCGUGUCAAAGGUGAAUUCAGAGCUCUCCAUCAGAUCCUGCACGAUGAGGAGAUGUGUAUGCUGGAGCAGCUGAGGAGGGAGCAGGAGGAGGAGCUGGAGAAAGUCCAGCGCCACCUAGAGGCUGUCAAGCUGGCCGUGAGGGAGCUGGAGGAGAAUAUCAAAGCGCUCCAGCAGGCCAGUGCUGCCACUGACAAUAUCAUACUAUCUGAGCUGCCACAACUAAGGCCAUGUGUGCAGGUGGACAAUGCCCCACAGUUUGAUUCAAAUGGUUUCAGCAACAAAUACAUGGCCCCAUUACAGUACAUCACAUGGAGGAAGAUGUUCAGCUGUUUGAAGCCAGGUCCUUGCCCAUUAACGUUUGAUGUCGACACAGCGCACCCAAGCAUCAGAGUCUCCAGGGAUAAAACUGUGGCAGUCGAAUGUGACUGCAUGAUGUCAUAUACGGAGCACAACAAGCGUUUUCUCCAGUGCGUUAACAUCCUGGCUGCCCAGGGCUUCCAGUCAGGCCGACACUACUGGGAGGUAGAAGUGGGCUCCAAACCCAAGUGGGACCUGGGUGUGGCAUCUGAGGGUGUAGACAGGCACUCGCGGAUCAAGCUGAGUCCUGAGAGCGGCUACUGGACUCUGCGGCUCCGUAACAGAAACGAGUACUCGGCGGGCACCCAGCCCUGGAUGAGGCUGCAACUCGGCUCUUCUCCUCAGAGGGUCGGCGUUUUCCUAGACUGCGAGGAGAGGAGGGUAUCCUUCUACAAUGCUGAUGAUAUGAGUCUGCUCUACUCGUUCACCAAUGGGCCGAGGGGCAAGGUGUUCCCCUUCUUCAGCCCGUGCAUUAGUGGCAGCAGUCAGGAACCGCAGCCUAUCAAACUCCUCCACUACCCACCUGUCGCUCUGUCUGGUUAAAAUGGCCACAAUCAAUAAAAAGCUUUUCAGUAUGUGAGAGCUGUCCAUUCACUUAUUGACCAAAGACUGUUAUCACUCACCUAUUAAAAGAUGAUAUCACCAUUGUUUGCAUUAUGGUGCCAUACUGAAAGAGCUUAAAAUUUCAGUUAUUUUCCAUACUGUACUGAUGGAUAUCACCAGAUGCUUCUAUUCUCUAUCUGAAAUGAACCUUAAAAGCCUUGAAAUGUUGUUGGAAAAUUGUUAUUCUCACCACAUUAAAAAAAUCCAUUGUGCUGUAA